CAGUCUUUGCAAGGGGACGGCUGUGCCAGCCGGGCUCGGGCAGGCUCCUGGCAGCAUGGCAGCGAAGCCUGGGGCCCUCCUGCUGGUCCUCGCGCUCAGCCUGGCACAGCCAGCCUCGGCCCGCCGGAAGCUCCUGGUGUUCCUGCUGGAUGGUUUUCGCUCGGACUACAUCAGUGAUGAGGCCCUGGAGUCCUUGCCUGGUUUCCAAGAGAUCGUGAGCAGGGGAGUAAAAGUGGACUACUUGACCCCAGAUUUUCCCAGUCUCUCUUAUCCCAAUUACUACACCCUAAUGACUGGCCGCCAUUGUGAGGUCCAUCAGAUGAUUGGGAACUAUAUGUGGGAUCCCGUCACCAACAAGUCAUUUGACAUCGGUGUCAACAGAGACAGCCUGAUGCCUCUCUGGUGGAAUGGAUCAGAGCCUCUGUGGGUCACUCUGACCAAAGCCAAAAGGAAAGUCUACAUGUACUACUGGCCAGGCUGUGAGGUUGAGAUUCUUGGUGUCAGACCUACUUACUGCCUAGAAUAUAAAAAUGUCCCAACGGAUAUCAAUUUUGCCAAUGCAGUCAGCGAUGCUCUUGACUCCUUCAAGAGUGGCCGGGCUGACCUGGCAGCCAUAUACCACGAGCGCAUCGACGUGGAAGGCCAUCAUUACGGCCCCUCAUCACCCCAGAGAAAAGACGCCCUCAAGGCUGUAGACACCGUCCUGAAGUACAUGACCAAGUGGAUCCAGGAGCGGGAGCUGCAGGACGACCUCAAUGUCAUCAUCUUCUCAGACCACGGGAUGACGGACAUUUUCUGGAUGGACAAAGUGAUUGAGCUGAAUAAGUACAUCAGCCUGAGUGACCUGCAGCAAGUGAAGGACCGAGGGCCUGUUGUGAGCCUCUGGCCAGCCCCUGGGAAACACUCUGAGAUAUACAACAAAUUGAGGACAGUGGAACACAUGACUGUCUACGAGAAAGAAGCCAUACCAAGCAGGUUCUAUUACAAGAAAGGGAAGUUUGUCUCUCCUUUGACCUUAGUGGCCGAUGAAGGAUGGUUCAUAACUGAGAAUCGAGAGAUGCUUCCAUUUUGGAUGAACAGCACUGGCAAGAGGGAAGGCUGGCAGCAUGGAUGGCAUGGAUAUGACAACGAACUCAUGGACAUGAGGGGUGUCUUCCUGGCCUUUGGACCUGAUUUCAAAUCCAACUUCAGAGCUGCUCCGAUCAGAUCCGUGGAUGUCUACAAUGUCAUGUGCCACGUGACAGGCAUCGCCCCCCUGCCCAACAACGGGUCCUGGUCCAGGGUGGUGUGUAUGCUGAAGGACCAGGCCAGCUCGGCUCCGUCUGUCCUGCCAGGCAGCUGUGCAGUGGCCUUGAUCCUCCUGUUCCUGUUUGCAUAGCUGCUCCUGUUGUUGUCCCAGAACACUCAGCCAUGUGUGCCUCCAUGGUGGGCUGGUUUCCAUUUUCUGUUUGAAUAAUAGCUUCAUUAACACAAUCAAGACCAUAUAAAUUGUAAAUAUAUUAUCCUUGGAUGAUUCUAUACAUAAAAGUCCUAUUUCUUAAAAAAAAAAAAAUCAAAACUCAAAAUGUGUUUUUUCUGGAGGUAAGGAAAAUCCUAGCUUCUCAUUUGUUUGACUAUAUGUCAUUUUCCUCUUUCUUUUCACGUCGUUACUCAGAUGAACCGUCUGAGUAGGGGCCUGCCCCUGCAGCAAACAGACUUUGAGUAGCUGUUGCACAGCAGCCCUGGGGCCCUCUCUGUCCUGUCUUGCACAAAGCAGGCCCUUGUCUGUGCCCUGUCUAAACCUGGGAGCCAUCCUUGGGGUCUAUGGCCACAAUCCUGUACUGUUCCUUCCAUCCCAGAAAAAGGAGGUCCACAUGAAAGCAAUAGCUGCCAUCUUUUUCUAACCUAGCUCAUGGAGUUUUUUCAUCACCUACAAAGUCCCAGAAAAAGUGUAUCUUAGCUGGGGUCACCAGUCAGUCAAAACCACCAAAGAUCAGAGAACUCAUAGGAUAAGGUGAAAAAAAUAUAAAAGGAAGAUAGGAAAUAUAAAAGAAAGAAAGAUAAGGGAAAGAAAGUUCCCUCCCAAAGUCUUGAGUGCAUAAAAAUUUCUCCCUUGCCUUGAGGAGCAGAAAAGCUUACAACAGAUAUGGGCUUCUGUGAGACUUAUCACAUGUAUCACAGUAGGAAGCCUUGCACGUAGUAGGUCCUGCAUAUUGUGGAUGGAUGGGUGGCUUGCCUGCCUGCCCAUCUGCUGUGUGGAGGCUCGCUCAGAGACCUCCACUCUUUGGUCCCCAUGCAGAGCAAUACUGGACCUAUCAUUACAGGCUGGGAAAGGGAUGUCUUACUAAGGAGAGUGUGGACUUACUUGCAGAAAUCUCAGCUCGUUGCCUGGAAUAGUGAUGCAUUAAGCCUACGUUUUAUGCACCAGUGUCCUGGAGCAAUGCUUGUUUAACAGCAACAGCCAUGUGAAUCCUUGAAUGACCCAGAAUUCCAGGGAAAAAUGGUAGCGGGAAGGGGGACAGGGAAUGGAGAGAAAAUGAUGGAGCCGAAUCCCAGUCACUAACCAACUCGUCUUCCGAUUAGGACACAGUGUGGUCAGAGUGUCACCUCAGAGACUUAAGUUCUUGAGAAUCCCUGAGAAGAGCCGUUGAGCCCGAGUUGAAAUGUUUUUAGUUUAGUCAUCUUAGUUUGCUGUAGGACAUCUUGUCGUAAAACAACGGAUAACUGAAUUUUAAAUGAUGACAUGUGUGGAUACGGUACUUAUAUAUCUAUUCCAUAUCACUGCGUUGCAUUAAAGAUGAGUUCGCGCUCCGUGAGGCACAUCUGCAAAUGAGACUUUUGUCAGGAAAAGACAGCACAUCGGGUCUCCUCAGGACCAUGAAGCCUUGAUGCGGUGUUUACCUUGAAAAUGGGUACCGGCUCUGACUCAAGAAAGCGGGGAGCAGUCUCUGUGCCUUGCAUCAUGAGAGCAAAGGAUUGCUGCUUAAAAACAUUGCAUUUCUCUUCACAAAAGAUUUCUCUGGAUUUAUAUAAUAUGUUUUAAAAGUGCCAGCAAACCAUUGAAUCAAUUGGGAAGAAGGCAAUCCAGCCUUUGUUAUCUGGUUGAAAGCAAAUGAGCGCCUUCAGAACACUGGUGGGGUUGCUGAAACAGACAUCGAUUGUUAAAGGCUCCUUUCUCCUUAAAUGACGUGUUCUAAUGAGUUCAGUGGAGCCCACCUUCCUGCCUUGUGAAGAAGGAUCCCUAAAAGAUAUGCAAGGGAUUCAAUUAAAGUGGGUCAUCAAAAUCAAGCAGGGUACACACAUGUACACAGCCCUGCAUUUGUCUUUCUUGCUCUGUUCCACCAUUUCCCCUUCACUCCUCCUUAAAAAUCUUCAAGUUACAUAAGAAAAUUUCAGAUAUUUGUCUGACAAAGUGUAGAUACUCAAUAAAGAAUCUCAAAUAGAUUAACAAGAAUAAGACACUUUUGCAAUCAAGAACAUUAGUAAAUAACAAAGAAAAUGCAAACACUGAAUGGUGAAAAAAGUUUUUGCCUAAAAUAAUGCACACAUUUUAGUGGCUUAAUUAUCGGGCUGAAAUAUUUUUCUUUGGUUUUUGUUUUAAAGUUACAUUCUUUUCCCCAGAAGAAUUCUCCUUCCUCUAGAUGUGUUUUGUUCCAUCGGAGUAAAAUCUGCUAGGAAUAUAUAUAGAUACCUUUUCUCCUGGAUUAUUUUACUACUCCACUGCUAAUUCCAGAAAGAACAUAAUGGGACUGACCUGCAAAUACUGAAGGUAAAUGAAAGGAAUGAUCCUUAAAUUGGAGAUGAGGUGAAUGGCUACCUUCCCUGCCUGUAUGCCCGAUCUCCAGAACUCAAAUCAAUUCAGUUCUGAAGACUCAAGCUUAAGUUGGAAGAGGCCCAGGGAAUGCUUUCUAGUCUCCAAAAGGCCUGAAUUAUAAAGUCCUAACUCUUUACUUUUAAAGAGAUCUUGGAAAUCCACAUCAGAUCUGAGUUCCGUCAUAGGCAGGACAGUAGUCCCCACCUUAUCCAUGGGUUCACUUUCCGUGGUUUCAGUUGUCCACAGUCAAACAAGGUCCAAUAAUAUUAAAUGGAAAAUUCCAGAAAUAACAAUGCAUAAGUUUUAAAUUGUGUGCCAUUCUGAGUAGUGUGAUGAAAUCUCCAGCCAUCCCACUCCAUCGUGCUCGGGAUAUGAGUCAUCCCUUUGUCCAGCGGAUCCACAUUGUAUCUGUGUAUAGUCACUGAGUAGCCGUCUCAGUUAUCAGAUCGCUAUGCGAGUAUUGCAGUGCUUGUGUUCAAGUAAUCCUUAUUUUCCUUAAUAAUGGCCCCAAAGCGCAGGAGCAGUGAUGCUGGCAAUCUGGAUAUGCCA